UGCGGAAGGGCUCAGAACCUCCCGAAGCGGAGCGGCAUUUGAGAUUGAUUCCUGUGGCCUUCUAAAUGAUUGAAUAAUGAUGAAAAUAGACCCAAAAUAAUAAGUGAUUCUUAUACUGAUGCCAUAGAAGAAUCUUCAUAUCACCUCCCAGUAGUUUGAUUCAGUCUUCUGGAAGGGUCUACAGAACCAAGUGACGUACAGAAAACUGAAGAGAAGAAAACUUGACUUUGGAACUAUCUUUCUUCUUGCCCCUUAACAUUUUCCUCUCCCUACCCAAUCUUUCUAUUUGUUUUAAUUGCUUUGAGUUUAUAAUGCAGACCAAGAAAAAAAUAUAUAUUUGGGAGCUUUAUGCCAGAAAAUUUAACUUUUAAAGCUGCUAUUCUGUGGAGGGGAACUUAUAUCAAGUUCCUGUCUUUUUUUAAUACUGAUUUCUCAAAUACUUAGAUUUUGAAGUAUAGGCAAAUUAAAAAACAUUCACACUACUAUUUAGCAGUUGUGUUUGAAUUAUGAGAUAUGUAAAUUAAGAGCCUUUCACAUCUAUGUUUUGCCUCUGGAGUUGACUGCUCAGAUCUUUUAUAACUCUUAAAGAAUUAUUAUCUUUUACUUUGAUGACAUAAUCUGUCCACAUGAGACUCUAUCUCUUUCCAGCUAUGACUUUGUUAUGAACAGUUUUUAUAUUCACUGUGCAGAUGUCCAUGUAUUAUCUAUUUAAUAGAAGAAGUAUCACUCAAGAGAAUUGAAUGAGGUGAACAUAAGCAUAACUCUUCCCCCUUUCCCCCAUUUUUAAAUGUAACAAAUACUUAUCUCCCCCUUUCUCCCUCCCCCCUUCUCCUUUCCCCGUUUGGAAAAGUAUCAGAAACUAAAUAAAGAUGAGCAAUCUAGGGAACUGAGAGUGAGCAGCACAGAACCUGGCUUCUUUGCGUUUCAUCACAAGACUUGCUACUGGCCAGCCUAAUUAAGCACACUUAACAAGAAAACCUUGAGAAAUAUCCAGCUAACAAGACUCAAGGAGUUCAGGAGACAGGACCACAGAGGUUACACUCUGGGAUCCUGGCCAUGAGGUUGGAUGUCUCACCUUGCUGAAAAGAGACACUGGACCUAAAUGGUGCAGCAUGACUUUGUUCCUGCUUGGCUAAAUUUUUCAACACCACAGUCAUCUAAGUCACCUACAGCCACCUUUGAAAAACAUGGAGAGCACCUACCACGAGGAGAUGGUAGGUUUGGAAUAAGCCGUCGAAGACAUAAUUCCUCUGACGUUUUUAACAAUGGGCCUCUGAGAACUACAGGAGAUUCGUGGCACCAGCAUUCCCUGUUUCGUCAUGAUUCUGUGGACUCUGGUGUUUCUAAGGGAACAUAUGCUGGAAUCACAGGGACCCCAUCUGGUUGGCAUGGCUCCUCCCGAGGUCAUGAUGGCAUGAACCAGCGUAGUGCAAGUGGCACAGGGAACCAUCGCCAUUGGAAUGGCAGCUUCUACUCUCGGAAAGGUUGUGCCUUUCAGGAAAAGCCUCCCACAGAGAUUAAGGAAGAAAAGAAAGAAGAUAAAAUAGAUAAGUUGCAGUUUGAAGAGGAAGACUAAAAUCCACCUUGUGCCAAGCUACCGUCCAAGAUGCUAGUCAUCAAAAAAGUUUCCAAAGAGGAUUCUGCUGCUGCCUUCUCUGCUGCAUUCACCUCACCAGGAUCUCAUCAUACAAAUGGAAACAAAUCAUCAAGUAUGAUUCCAAGUGUAUAUAAGAACCUGGCUCCUAAGCCUGCACCACCUCCUUCCAAUCCCAAUGCAUGGAAAACUAACAGAAUGGAACACAAGUCAGGAUCCCUUUCUUCUAGUCAGGAGUCUGCAUUUACCAGUCCAAUCUCUGUUACCAAACCAGUACUACUGGCUAGUGGCUCUAUUCUGAGCUCUCCCAAAGAGAGUCCCUCCAGCACCACACCUCCAAUUGAGAUAAGGUCCUCUCGUCUGAUCAAGUUGACCCGCGGAACUUCUGACAAGAAGAGUGAGUUCUUGAAGACUCUGAAGGAUGACUGGAAUCGAGACUUCUCAGAGAACAGAGACUGUGACAAGAUGGAGGAUAACAGCACACCAGAACCAAAGGAAAAUGGAGAGGAAGACUGUCAUAAGACUUUCCUAAUUCACCCUGUAAAUGAGGAAAGGGAGGUCCUCUCACACUCUCUGGAAGCAGAACACCAGUUACUGAAAGCAAUGGGAUGGCAAGAAUAUCCUGAAAAUGAUGAGAAUUGCCUUCCUCUCACGGAGGAUGAGCUAGAGUUCCACAUGAAGACAGAGCAGCUGAGAAGAAAUGGCUUUGGUAAGAAUGGCUUCCUGCAGAGCCGCAGUUCCAGCCUCUUCUCCCCUUGGAGAAGUACCUGUAAAGCAGAGCUUGAAGACUCAGACGCAGAAACCAGUAGCAGUGAAACAUCAGAUGACGAUGCCUGAAAGUAGGGCAUACAAAUGUUGGUAGUUAAAUCUGAUCCAGGAAACUCAGCUUAAGUGUUUAGGGAAUGUACAAAAAAUUAUUCUUUGCCUUUGCCUUGUCCUAGGCUCUUGAUAUUUCAUGCACAAGGGAAGUAUUCAUAUCCCAAAGAGCAAAUGUCUUGUUAAGCUUUUGUUCUUUUCCCCUGUUUUCUGCUUAAUAGAAGUUUGUGGUGGGAAAGAUUUUUUAAAUGCACACACAUACAGUAUAGAUGGGGCAAUGCACAGGUGGGAGCUGGCUAUGCAGAGAAGAAACUUCUGCAGCAGCUUCUACUACCAGCCCUUGGGGCGUGCACCCCUGUGCUCAAUCAAUCAUUGUCAAUGACAAAGUGACUAUUGAAGUUAUAAUUGUAUUAAAUUAAUGCUAAUAAUUUGGAUAUUUUAUUUUAUUUUUGGCUGCUCGGGUAACAUUAGCCCUUACUAAGCAUAAGUGGUUUUCUUUCUUUAUUUUCCCUUUUUGGCUACAGCUGUAAAAUAUUUGCAUAUAAGAAAUGUUAUGUUAUUCUUGCAGCCUUGAUAUUCAGGGUGGUUUGUAAAAUAUGAAUUUUUGUGAAAUUUAAAAGACGAUUAAGAUUAUUUUGAUAACAUUAUUUACAGAUUUAAAAGAUCUGGUUAUCACAAGUCUGUUGAGGGGGGAAAACUGCUGCAUAAAAUAACUAACUUGGAAUAAAUAUUUUGCAUCAGUUUGAAUAAAAAAAA